CGAGACGUCCCAGAAGGCGGCAGCACACGGCAGUAGCAGCAGCAGGCGGUGCGCCAACCGAUUGUUGUGAGCGCUCGGAGUCGUAGUUUACUAGUCUCAAGGGGUGCGAGUGCGCCAUGAAGCCUAUAACCAGACACUGGGAGAGCAGUCUCUUUCACAAGAUCACCAUUUCAAACUUCCUCUCCCUGCUGACGUCUUGAGGUAGUGUACAAAAGUGACAGCAAAAUCCUGACGGCCAUGGAGAUAAAAUCCUGGUUUGUCAUUUGGUUGUAUAUCCUGUCCCUCUUUGCACAAAAAACCUUGUGUGACAACCAACUUCUCCAGAAGGUGCAGGAAAUCAAAGGAUGCAUCCAUGGUUCUUGCAAAGGCAAAUUUCCAGUAAGCAGUGACUCUCCAAAUAUGAUGGAUAAUCGAACGUUUUCUGCUGCUCGUUGCUUUUGUGAUGACGAGUGCCACUUGUAUCGUGAUUGCUGCCCUGACAAAGUUACAGAGGUGGAGCUACAACAGGAACCUGUUUCUCCCAUCCUGUGGGACUGUGCAGGGUGGCAGAAUGGAUCAAAUCCUCACACACUAUAUAUGGUGAGAUCGUGUCCAUUUCAAGACAGAUUUUCAAAACUCUGCACACUUGAAGGUAUUCCAGAAGAAAAAUAUGACUACAAAUUUGAUGUUCCUGUGUUGAACACCAGAACAGGUGUCUGGUAUCAGAACAUUUUUUGUGCAAUAUGUCACAAUCAAGAUGAUGAUUUAGCAUCACUGAGUUUAAAAUUUGAUUGUACAGACAAUCUUACAGUGAACCAGGCAAUAACCCAUGGGCGCUAUGAACCACACAGUCUUACUUGGAAAAUGACAAAUGAUGUUAGAAGUCCAAUGUGUAAAUUAAACGUAGUGCUAGCUGUUGAUGGUGGUAUCAUGAAAGGCAGCAGACGCUGUAUAAAACAUGAACACAAAUGUGCUGCAAAUUGGACUGAUAUUGCAGUAAAAAAAUUGUGCCAUUCCUAUUCAUUUAUUGUGUAUACUCUUAAGUUUGGCAAUAGACGUAAGUAUUACAAGAAUCCCCAUUGUGCUCUUUGCAACUAUGUGGAACCUGAAGAAAUGAACUGCAUCUUUGAUGUAUCAAUCAGAGCCCCUCGUUUACCAUCCUUGAGCUUAGUACUGGAAUUAAACUGGGAUCCAGAUUCCCAAACCAUGCAGCAAGCAAACUGCCAGUUGCCUCAUGGAGUAUAUGACCCACUGCACAAGAAAUGCAUGCGAAUAGAAGAUGCUUGUGGUGAUGACUAUGUGUUUGAAGAUGGAAAAUGUAUCCCCAAUCCAGACCAUCAAAAAAGGAAGACAAGGAGCCACACAAAUCAAAGCCGUAUUUUAAAUGUUUCUUGCUUUGUGAUAACACUUGCACCAGAUGAAUUUAUUCUUGUAAACGACAGCAUUCAGCUGACUCUGAAUACUUCUAAUGCAGUGAUACCAAAUGGAUUGUUUGAGAUUUUUGACAAUGGUUAUGCAAAAGUCUGCAAUGUAUUUGACAUUCCUUAUUCUAAGGACAUAUUUAAAGGAUAUGUGUCAACUGUGUGUCUUUCAUUAUCAGUGAUUUGCCUCAUAUUACAUAGUGCCAUAUUCUGUUUGGUUCCAAAACUGCGCAAUCUUCCAGCUCUGAACCUCUUUUCCCUGACAACAGCACUACUUCUUGCACAGUUAAUAUUUCUGUUGGGUAUAUAUCCAGUUGCGCCUGUACCUCAUUCCCUGUGUGUUACAAUAGCAAUCCUUAUUCAUUAUCUAUUUCUUUCCUCAUUUUUUUGGAUGAAUGCUAUGAGUUUAGACAUAUGGAGGACCUUUGGAGUGAAAGGGUAUUCUUCUGGUACAAGAUGUCAGUACUGGAAGUAUGCAAUUUAUGCUUGGGGAAUUCCGUUGCUGAUAGUUGUUCUUGCUGUUGUAUUUGAUAAUACUUCUACAUUUACAAUGCACUUAAGACCAAAUUAUGCUGCACAUAAAAUGACUUGCUGGUUUGGAAGCCCACUCGGAUUGUUGAUAUAUUUUGUAGCUCCUAUGUUUGUAAUAGUUGUUAUCAAUAUUGUACUCUUUGGGAUAACUAUUUACAGACUACAUGAAAUGAAACUCAGUAUAAAAUUCAUAAAAAGAAAAAGAAAAAAUGAAAACUGUGAAACAUCACAGUCAACUCAACAAACAAAGCCAGUGCAGGCAUCUGGAGGUAUUUCUGGCAACAGAGAUAAAAUACGUUUUUAUUUGUAUCUAAAACUAUUUAUUAUUAUGGGGCUAACUUGGGUAUCAGGAAUAAUUGCAAUAUUUUCAGAGGUUGAGGCAGUUUGGUACAUUUUUGUUAUCUUAAAUGGUCUUCAGGGUACCUUUAUCUUCUUCAUGUUUGAUUUUAAACAAAAAGUUGGCAGCCUGUUAUGGAUAAAGUUGUUUGGUGGGAAAUUUGAACAACCAAAUUUUCUUAAAAACUUCAGUGUCUCAGGAAAGCAAGCAACAAAUACAAGAUGUGCAGCAUCAUCACAGACAAAAUCAUCCAGUGUCAGCAGUACACGUAGUGUGUCAUCUGACAAAAUGACUGUCCUAAAGAUGCCAUCAUCAGAAAAUAUGGAAUCCAAUAAGAGGAAACUGGAACCAGAAGAGAUUCCAUUGAAACUGGCUCCUAAAAAUGGAGGGAACAGCAGCUUCAACCUAGCAUUAAACCCUGCAUUCACUUCAGACUGAAACACAGAAGAUGAAAGUAUGGGGAGUUGUAGGCAAAUUCUUGUGGACAUUAUGCCAAGUUGUAUGGCUUGCACUGAGGCAGGAUAUGUGCAUCUUAUUGAUCUCAAGUUCUAAUUUAGUCAUGUGAAACCAAAGAGCUAUUAACAUUCUUAUUCUGAAAUGUUUCUUCAUAGACAAGACAUAGAAUACUGUAGUUGGUUGUGUUCUAAUGGCCUAAAAUGGACAGAGAAUGGGAAUUUGCUACAUGAGCUGUGCAAAUUCAGCAACUUUAAAUAGGGAGAUGUAAAUCUGUAGCAACAAAAUCAAAAAUUAUUACACGAUUUGUGCAUAGUCAGUCCUAUCUCCUCAUAUUUGUACAGGCUAUGACUCCAACUUACAUUGGCAGAUAUUCAAACUAACGCUCCCUGCAUUCCACAUAUGUUCAUCACAAAGCAUUUGAGAGUCUGUUCAGUAUUAUAGCUUUGUGUUGUCUACAAAGAUUGAGAAAACAGCAACUGACUUUUAAACUAGUGUGUUUGUGUGUGUGUGUGUGUGUGUGUGUGUGUGUGUGUGUGUGUGUGUAUUUUAAUAAUACAGAUAAUCAGUUCAUAAUCAGUGUUCUCUUCAUGUGCAUAAGUGUAUCAGUAAAUGUCAUGAAAGUUUCAUUUCUUUGAAUAGCGUAAUAUGUAAGAGAAUUUGACAAAUGAAAGACAGAAAGAAUGUGGAGUAAAUUGUUCAGAACUAACUGUGAGUAAUAAGAUUUAGUCACUUAUCUCACUAAAUGUUUAUGCUAUUGCAAAUUAACAGUAAAAGACUCAUGAGUUUCCACACUAGAGACUUUUUUCCUUUGGAUCUAGAAGACAAAAGCAUACAGAAAAGAUGCAUUUAAAAAUAGCCAAAAAAGAAUAAAAUUAUUGACAUCUGCAUGCUGCAAGAAAAUGAUUAAUGCUCCAUAUUCUCACAGUUUGUAAUGGAAAAAAAUCUCUCCAAUUCGGAUUUAAUAACCAAGUUUCCAGUUUUACCGCAAUCUUUUAUAUUGCCCUGAAAAUUCUCCUUAUGCUUUGUGGAGCUGAAAAUUAGGUCUUUUUUUCCAAUGUUUGGUUUUACAGGUGUUUCACCAUUAACAGCUUAUACCUAAUAGGAUACAGUUAUUUUGAAAUGCAAACAAUCCCACUGGAUAAACAUUCGCAACUGAGCAUUAUAGCCAGAGGGUACCCUCCCCCCCCCCCCCCCCUCCCUCACCAAAUACUUAAAUCAGGACUAUUUUCAGGGUAUUACAUGCCUGUCAUUGGGUGUGAUACUGCAGAUGAAUGAGACCAAAUCUAAUAAUUUUUACACAGAAUAGUACACUUGAGGCAUAUGGUUUUCCUUUUUGUUUUUUCAUGUGUACUAUAGCAUUCAUAAAAAUUAUUAUUAGCUUUGGCCUGAUGAAGGGCAUGUAAAACACACACACACACACGAGACACUUUCAGUUGCUCAAAAAUCAGUUGUCUCACACUGCUGUUGUAUAUAUGUGGGUGGCAUCCAUCAGUCAAUUAUAUGAGAGUAUUUGUUUCCCCAUUUUUUGUUGUUUUCAACCUGGGAUGCCCAUUAUUGUGUAAGUCAGAAAAUAAUCAGGAAAGUCAUCUAGGAUCCGAGAACAGACAAGGCAAAUGGAAGGGGAUUAAAUUUUGGUCUUCGAUAGCAUUUUAUAUCUAAUAUCUGACUAGUAUUUUCCCACUUUCUGUGCCCCUGCAAGAAGAAGAAGAAGAAGAAGAAGAAGAAGAAGAGUCCACUUCUUGGUUUGCAUAAAUUUUUCUCUCCAUUUUUAUUAUAGAUUUUGUGCAUGCAAUGAAGUUUUUCCACCAGAAAUUUCAAAGUCCAAGAGGUCUUCUGUUUACCUCGCUCUACCAUAACCCUGUACCGAGCUCUUCAAACACAGUUUCCUUUCACCUGUACUGUUCGGCUGUAGCCUUUAUUUAUGAAUGUCACCAUGUAGGUACUGUAUACGAGGCACUGAGAAAUUAUAUCAACACUCUUUUCUUUCAAAUCUGCAUACCCACAGCCAACAACUGGACAACCCUUAAAACUCUCCCAAAAAGUUUCACUGUUGCAAUAUAAGAAUAAAAUUCAGGAUUCAUCUGAAACAGCAUCCAAAAGUAACUGUUAACACAUUUUUUUAAACUAACAGUAACAUUGAAAAUCUCCUAUAGGCUUGCUAAAUAGAUGGAAGUUCUCGUUUCCUGUUUGGUGACAGGGGGACUUGAAUUUUAAGAGCUCAAUAUUCAUCUUUGACCUGUCCUCUUGUAUGUCUGUUAUAAAUACACUAAGAUGUUCAGUAAGAUUGGCAUUUGAAACAUUUGUAAAAGUUUACACAAUUAUCACAUUAGCUACAUUCCAGCUUUGAAGCUGCCUCUCUUUUGCUAAUUUCUAUAAUAGUGACCAAAUUUUAUUCAUUAAUUACAACACUUCUGUAUCCAGAUUUUAUAUUCAUCAUGUUCUUGCUAUCAUUCUUUAUUGUAUCUAAAUUUAAUUUUAGGUUAUACAUGUCAAAUAAUAUUUAAGUUUGAAUUACAAAAACUUUCAGGAGAUAUAAAGACAGUCAUAGGUAUAUCAGAACAUCAAGUAUCAAUUGUGGAAGAAACAAACUUGAUUUUCACACUUAAGUGCUUGUAACUAUACAGCUGGUGAAAGCACACCAAAGUUUGUGCAAGGAAUGUCAAUUCUAAGAGAGGGACAGAAGUAAUCAUUUUAUAAAUCUCAUAUUUGUCUAUUAUAUUAGCUAAAAAACUGAAUCCAACUGAACAUGUCUCAAAGGUCUAAUGGUACUGACUAACUGCUGUGUCACACUCAGCCCACAGGCAUCACUGGAUGCUGAUAUUGAGGGGCUUGUGGUCAGCACACUGCCCUCGCAACAGUUGUCAGUUUAUGAGACAGGAGCCACUACUUCCCCAUCAAGUGUCAACCCUGCAGCAAUGCCAUUCGUAUUAUAUUAGCUAAUCAAGAACGUAACAUUAUAAGCCAACUCCUCUGCUGUGCUUAAUUCACAAUCCCACAAUAUAAAUAUCACUUUUAUCUUUUCCUGUAGAUGAUGAUAUACCAUGCACACUUGAAUUUCAAUCAGUGAUUAUUUUCUUAAAUCAGUUUUGAUAAACUGCUUUAAAUGUUCGGUAGAUUUUGAGAAAAAUAGAAUUCAAAGAACCUUGUUAGUCUAAAGGGCUGCUUUAAUUUACUGUCAUAAUUUUAUACAUUGUAGUACAAAUAAUAAUGCUUUAAUUU